GGGCAAAUGAGGAGGAUUCUCGCAUGCUCAUACUCAUCAGGUCCGGCUAAUUAUUGUCUUUGUCGUCUCCAAAAUCAUUUGCCAUUACAUUUGCGGCCCCCCACCCCCAAAUCUCACAUUUCACACCCUACAGACAGGAGUGUUGAAGUUUCAGUAGUAUGUUUCUGAAACUUGGGCUGUGAGUGUGAGGGUUUGAAGGAAUUCAUGUGAUUGUGGGAUUGUUAAGGGAAGUGAAGCUUUGGUUGGGAGGAGUUGACUAAGAAAGAUGUAUCGGCCUGUGGCUGCCACCACUACUCGGGGUGGAUUACCAACCGAUAGUGGGGAUUCUGUGGUGACACUUGACCAAGUUCCACGUUGGAGUGAUGCUGAAUACAGGUUUUCAUAUGAGAAUGAAGAUCAUGCUUUCCCAAAUUCAUACUUUCCGGACCCUUUAACUUCUUCCUCAGGGGCAGAGAGUAGUGGAAAUGGUAUGGUGCCCAGGUUUCCUGUGGAUCAUGAAAUUAAUUCCAAGAUUUAUCUGUGGAGGGGGUACCCUUGGAAUCUUGAGGUGGAUGCUGUUGUUAACUCCACAAAUGAGAACCUGGAUGAAGCACACAGCAGCCCUGGUUUGCAUGCUGCAGCUGGACCUGGUCUUGCAGAAGACUGUGCAACACUGGUAAGUUAUUUAUAUAUCAGAAGACACUUUUACUCAUUUUUUUCCCUUACUCUAGAUUUCUUUCUUUGUUGCAUAAUGCAGAUGCAUAUUUUGCAUUAAACUUGAGAACUUAAUGAUUUCGCAUAUGUAUGUGGAUACAUGAUUUUAAAAUAUGGUUAAAAAGAUAGUCGUUCUUGCAAAGAUUGGACACACCGACACUAAAAAAUUUA